AUGUCAGUAGCAAGGAUACCAGAAGCUGCUAAAGGGGCUUCUGAAGGACAAACGAGUGUUCAGAAGAUGCUGGUAGAAAACAGUCAGUUGAUUGAGACGAUAGCUGAGUAUCAAAGGAUGGGAAAGCUGGAAGACGCUACCAAGUACCAAGAACUUUUGCAUAAGAAUCUCAUGUUUUUGUCUAACCUUGUGGAUCCACAACUUAACAUACAAGUACAGGUAAGUUUAAAGUUGUCGUUUUUCAAAAUUUAGGUAAAAUUUACAUUAAAAACUAUUUAGGAAGUAGCAAUACCCCAGUCCGUGCAACAACACGAACCAAUCUCUGUGAAUGUGGAACAACAUCCCGGGCACAUUCCCCCUCAGCCUAACAAACCUCAACAGGCCCAGUACUACUCCCCGAACUACCCACCUCAACAGCAGCGAACUCCUCGAAUGACCUAA